AUGUCGAGACACCGCGUGAAGAAUGUCGGCUACGACGACGAUCACUUCGAGGAUGAUGAUGGGUACGACUCGCCUGAUCCCGAGGAGCAGGAGUUUCUGCAACAGUGUACCGCGGCGGUCCUGGGGCAGCUUCGCGCGGGGCAACCGUCGGUAACGGCCACGACGGAGGAAGUCCAGGAAGCUCUAUGGCAUUAUUAUAAUGAUAUUGAGAAGGCAGUGAAUUAUUUGAGGGGAAAGAAGGAGAAGGAGCUUAAGAAGCAAUCGGCACCAGCUGUGCAGAAACCUAAGGUUCAGGCUGUGCCAGGAUUCCCUGCUCCUCUACCUGCCGAAGCGCACUUCUCAGCGGCCGAUUUCUUUCGCGACUGCCCUUGGCUUAACGUUCCUGCCCACCGCAAAACUGAGAUCCUCGUUGAACCGCUGUACCCGCGGCUGGGAUUGCUGGGUGGUGCACCAGAAUCUGCUGGCAAGAUGUCGAAGCUAGCUGCUUUGGCGGCAGCACGGAAGAAGAAGGAAGGCGAAAAGGCUGCAGCAGCACCGGAAAACCCAUCAACGCCACAACCUGCGCGUUCAGAGGGAUCGGCGCUCAAGCCCUCAGUGACACCUCUGUCUCUUUCUGAGCGGCUUGCUGCCAGCAAGUUGUCAAAGGCAUCUGAAACAAAUGGAGGCCUGCGACGACUGGGCAAACCAGGCUCAUCUGCGUCUUUGCCAGCUCGGCAGCAGCCAGCGCCUGAGACUAGCAAACCUCCCCCACCAUCUCUAUCGGAACCUACAAAGCAAGAAGAGCCGGAGAAAGAGGCAGAGCAGCAACAACCAACACCAAAUAUCCGUGCUUCUCCAUCCACUUUUGCCAGUGUCAUCCUAGGCAACGCAGCAGGCCCAACUAUGGCUGAGCCCAGCCACCUCAACUCGAACAACGUGGAUCUGCUUCAUAUUUACGGCCAGGACCAUGCUGAACCCUUUGACUUUGCAGCUCCCAGUCCCGAUGACGUGGUAAUGAAUGCGCAAAGCACAGCAAAAGGAUUCAAAUCCAAACCGGCUGCUUCCAAGGCAGCCAAGGGCCAAGCCGAUCUGGCCGGCAGCAUGAAGGAUCUUUCCGUGGAGGAAAAGGUUACUGUGAAAAGCAAGAACCUCGAUGUGCUGGCGGAAUACAACAAGUCUACACGGAAGAAGUCGGCUAAUUUUGUUGUGAUUGGACAUGUGGAUGCUGGAAAGAGUACACUUAUGGGGCGGUUAUUGGCAGAUCAAGGAGCGAUAGAUCAACGUACAUUAGACAAGUAUCGGAAAGAGGCUGAGAAGAUUGGUAAGGGCUCUUUUGCUCUUGCCUGGGUGAUGGAUCAAGGCUCGGAAGAGCGUGCACGUGGUGUUACCAUCGACAUUGCGACCAACAAAUUCGAGACCGAAACCACCGCCUUCACCAUCGUCGAUGCACCGGGUCACCGUGACUUUGUGCCGAACAUGAUUGCCGGCGCCAGUCAGGCGGACUUUGCGGUGCUUGUUAUCGAUUCCAGUGUGGGCAAGUUCGAGUCCGGUUUGAAGGGUCAGACCAAGGAGCAUGCUCUUCUAGUUCGAAGCAUGGGUGUUCAGAAGAUAAUCGUUGCUGUGAACAAGAUGGAUACCGUGCAAUGGGACACGGAGCGAUUCCAAGAGAUCGAGCAGCAGAUUUCGGCCUUCUUGACGACCGCAGGCUUCCAGCCCAAGAACAUCUCCUUCGUGCCUUGCUCUGGCGUACUAGGUGACAACAUCACCCGGCGCAGCGCAGACCCCAAGGCUUCAUGGUACACGGGGCGAACACUCCUCGAGGAGCUGGAAACCUCAGAGCCAUACACUCACGCUCUGGACAAGCCGCUACGCAUGACGAUUGGCGACGUGUUCCGCGGCGGUGUGCAGAACCCAAUCUCCAUCUCAGGCCGCCUGGACGCUGGCAGUCUCCAAAUGGGUGAUCAAAUCCUCACCAUGCCCAGCGGCGAGACUGCCCUGAUCCGCAGCGUGGAGGUGGACGGCGAGCCCAGUGACUGGGCCGUCGCAGGUCAAAACGUCGUGCUCAACCUUGCCAACAUUGACCCGAUCCAUCUGCGUUCCGGUGAUGUGGUCUGCCGAGCUUCGGCACCGAUCAAGACCGUCACGAGCUUUACCGCCAAGAUCCUGGCCUUUGAGCACUUGAUGCCUAUGCAAGUGGAUGUUCAUCGUGGCCGUCUACACGUGCCUGGUCGCAUCAGCAAGCUCGUGGCCUCGCUGGAUAAAACCUCGGGGCUGGCGCUGAAGAAACGACCUAAGAUUGUGGCUCCUGGCACUGUAGCGCGUGUGGUGGUGGAGAUUGACCAGGCUGUGCCCUUGGAGGCGCCGACGAGGAUUGUGCUACGUGCUGGAGGGACGACGGUGGCCGCGGGGCUGUUGGAGUAA